UCUCUGAAACGCGCGUGUAUUGUACAGUGAUUCGAAGGCAGUAUGUUGUGUAAACAAAUUAUGAGUGAUAUAAUUUACGGAUGGUAGCAUUAAAAUCUGGCAUUCAGAGUUAUUCUUAUAUUUUGGAAUGUGAGGCUAGCUUUUACGUAGACAUGAUUUCAAUUGUUGCAAAAUUAUCUAGGUACUUACUAGGUUCCACAGAUUCGGAAUUAGAAACUUCAGAAAAAGAUUUUAGUGUUGUUGAUCUUCUGUCUUCAUUAGAGCAGAAUGCAGCCAGUAAUGAAUCGUGUGCUCCUUCAGAAAUUGAGGGUAGUGUUGUACAAGACCUUUCCAAAGACAGUUGUUGCUGUUACAGAGUGGGAGUAGUAACUCAUGUACAUUCGGAUUAUGCCCUGAUUGAUGAUGAGGUGUAUUGUGAUUUAAAAGAUCCUGCAUACCGCAAUAUAAAGGUCGGAAACAAAUUGGAAUAUCUUGCCUUCCGUUUAAGGCCGUCGGACGAAUGGAGAGUUAAGAAAAUUUACUCCAUACAAGAAGAAAACUGGGAAAAUUCUGAGCCAUUAAUUGAAAAGCGAGAGACCCUGUCGAGGAGUAUUGUUGGACAAGUAAUGAGCAGAGAUGGCAGAAAUGUCAUUAUAUCAGAUAAACUCAAAUUUAGUUUGGAUGACGUCUCUUGUGACUUCAUACCAGUUGAAGGAGACUGGAUACUAAUUGAUGCUCUUGUUGAAUUGGAUGGUAGUAUAGCAAAUUUGGAAGGAGAAAUUUUACAUUUAUUUUCCGUACGAGCGUUGCGAUCACGUAUUGUCACCGGACGCAUAACAAAUUACGAAAGUACAGGUGAUGGUCUCGUGGACAAGUCGAUAUAUUUCAGCAAGGAAGUCUGUGAACCAGGCUACGUACCUGAGUUACGUGACGAAGUUAUAGUUGAGGCGAUUGAAAGUACAAAGCAGUCGGUAUUGUGGCGUGCUCUUAGCGUUGUCCCAUUGCAUACAAGCAACACAGGACAACACAACUACAACAAAAGUAAAGCAGAACAGAAGAAACCUGUUUUGGAAUCAAUCUCUGUAAAUGGUGUCACUGUUACUCCUGCUGUUCUACAAUCUGGCGAACUGAAGAUAGGCGAAGAAAAAGAAAUCUCAGUUACUUUGCUGAACACUGGACAAACAAAACAGGUAGUGAAAUUUUGUCAAUUUUUAAGUCAAAUGUCAUGGUCACAGCUUCGUUUGAAGUCUCCGAGUAUUGAUAAGCUAAUAGUGUUGCACCCUGGAAAAAGUUUUUCCUAUUAUUUUAUUUGCCAUGGAAGAUAUGCAGGUUGCCACACAGAGAAAUUCAGAUUUGUUUUUAAGGGCUUCAAAAUAGAGAUUGCAGUGGAAGUGAGGGUGAGAGAUGAUUCACAGAGUAAUAAUUUUAGAAAUUCACAGUCUGGUAAAAUGAAAUUUGAUACAUUAGAUGCAAUCAAACGAGAGAAUGAUGUAAGUGGCAGAUUGCUUAUUACAGGUGUGAAGCCUAAGAAGGCACCUCCUUUUGUGCCUGUUCGAAUAGGUCAAUACGUAGUGCCAAAAUAUCUUUGGCAGUUUGUUUAUACAGUUGAAAGUCAAAGAAAAAGUGGCAUUGAACGAAGUGAAAGUUUAACAAGUGUUGUUCCAUAUUUAUCUGACAUUCUCAGUUUUAUAAAUUACAGUGAUUUUUUCCACACACUGUUGCACCUGGAAGAAAUUUCAGAAACAAUUAAGAUGAGGCAGUAUGACCUAAAAAAUGUGACCUUCAGGAUUACUGGCCCAGGUGCAGAAUUCCUAGCACUAGAAGUUCCUGGUUUAGCUGAGAAAAGACCAUCCCUUCUUGUUGGUGACAAAGCUAUUGCUGGGCUAAGUUCAAACAAAGGAAUGGAAUAUGAAGGAUUUGUUCAUGAAGUUUACCAGAGAGAAGUUUGGUUGAAGUUCAAUAAAAAUUUUCACCUCGCAUAUAAUGGAGAAGAAUAUGAUGUAACGUUUCGAAUAAGUCGUAGUGGAUACAUGAGAUGUCAUGCUGCAGUUGAUCUUGCAGUUAAAAACCUUGGUUCUGACAUGCUCUUCCCAACAACAGUUACUCUAAAAUCACCACAGCUUCAUAUUGAUGAUGAUGAUGAUGAUGAUGAUGAUGAUGAUGAUGAAGGGCAGCACCAGAAGAGAACUUCCAGCACUUCUAGUACAAAGGAUAAAAUUGAUUUUGCAAGGCGUAAAAUUCAGUGGUUUAAUAGAAAUCUAAAUAUUUAUCAAAAGAAAGCAAUAAAAUGUAUUUUAAAAGGAGAAGCCCGUCCCCUUCCAUAUGUAAUAUUUGGUCCACCAGGAACAGGCAAAACAGUCACACUGGUAGAAGUUAUUCUUCAAAUAUUUCAUCUGAUACCUGAUAGCAGAUUGGUUGUUGCUACGCCAUCAAAUAGUUCUGCUAAUCUUGUGGCUCAGCGAUUACUGGAGUCAGGUUUGCUCCAACCUGGCGAUAUGGUAAGACUUGUGGGUUAUCGGUACCUGGAGGAAGGUGGAAUGCCUGAGGAUCUCAUUCCUUACUGUCUCUGUGCUGAAGUAGAACAAUCACAUCUGAUGGGAAGACAUCGGAUUACUGUAGGUACUUGUGUUGCACUUGGCCAGUUGUUCAUUGCAGGAUUACCUCGUGGCCAUUUCACACAUGUACUGGUGGAUGAGGCUGGACAAGCACUUGAACCAGAACUGCUUAUUCCUGUUGCGGGAUGCCUUGAUAAGAAGUUGGGUCAGGUGGUUCUGGCAGGUGACCCGCAACAACUGGGCCCUAUAGUAUCAUCAGCUGCAGCCAAGGAAUAUGGGCUUGGCGAGUCAUAUUUGUCUCGUCUCCUACACUGCCCCCCCUAUUUGCGAGACACAGCUGGGUUUCCUGGCACAGGUUAUAACCCCCGACUUGUAACAAAGUUACUGUACAAUUAUCGUUCACUGCCUGAGAUUCUUGAAGUGCCUAACAAAAUGUUCUACAACAGUGAGUUAAUUGCUCAGAUAUCUGAAAAAGAAAGCAAUGAGGCAAAACUUCUGGCAUCAGUUGAGUCUAUACUGCCAUCACGUUCAUCACCACCUGCAGUUGUAUUUCAUGGUGUUAUUGGCACGAACUAUCAGGAUGCUGAAUGUCCAUCAUGGUAUAACCCAGAGGAAAUUGUCAUUGUAACUUCCUACAUCCAAAAACUUUACAAAUUGGGUCUGACCACUGAUCAAAUUGGAGUCAUCACACCAUAUCAAAGACAGGUUAAACGACUCAGGGAUGUUCUUAAACAGUUGGAAACAUCUAUUCCUAAAAUUGGCUCAGUAGAAGAGUUUCAAGGUCAAGAACGCAUGGUGACUAUUCUCUCAGCAGUUCGAAGUAAUGCAUAUCAUAUUGAAGACGACAUUAGGCGUGCACUGGGGUUUGUUUCAUCACCACAGAGAUUAAAUGUGGCUAUUACAAGGGCACGAGCUUUGCUGGUAGUUGUAGGAAAUCCAGUUCUCUUAGCACGUGAUCCAUUCUGGCGAAUUCUGGUAUCAUUCUGUAUCAGCAGAAACUGUUAUAUUGGAUGUGAUUUGCCAGUGAGUAUUCAGAACAUGUGUGAUAAUCAGUUAGACAACACAUAGUUGUUAUUGAGUUCAAAAGCUUUGUUCUCCCAUAUGAAAUGUUUGGCCAGUACUGUACAACCAGUGUGCAGGAUUGUUCUUGAUUUCUAACAAAUAUGUAAAUACAGGAUAAGUAUAUGACUUGAAGUGGCACUGUGCUGCCAUAUGUGGAAAAUGCGUGUCAGACCCAUGUACUGAGAAACAGUGAUGAACCAUUUUUUGUUAGCAUUAACAGAGAGAUAAUUUAAAGCUUUUUUUUGUAAUUUUUAUACUUUGAAGCCAGUUGCCAGACUGGAAAGAUUUAACUGUCAUUUUAAUAUAAUUACAGUGAUGACUUAUCAAUUACUGAUCUGUAUCUGUCCAAGUUCCUCAAAUUUUCAUUAUUUACUUCAGUUCCUUAUAUACUUUGUAACUAUAAGAUGCAGCUUCUCAUGCUUUGUCUGUGAUUUGAUUAUUUUUGUUAGUAGUUUCAUAUAUUCUCAAGCAUGGCAUGUAAGUUGGCAACAUUAAUUUUAAUUUACAAUUCAUAAACAAUUUGAACUUUGUCAGUAUGUUUGAAGAAUAUUACAUAAAAUAAUGAUUUGCUGUAUUGUAUAUAGGAUAUCAGCAGAGUUAUAAGCAUUUAUACUAGCAAAGAAAGUGUAUAAUUUGCAGUCAUUCAUUCAUGCAUAUGUUCACCAUGUCUCUUAGAACUGAUUAUAAAUGAGAACCUUCUUCAUGAAUGUGAAUCAAGUUAUAGUCAAUAAUGGAGUAAGCAGCCAUCUGUUAGCAUUAACAGUUUAUUUAUUCCUGCCUUCAUCAACACAUGUAUAAUAGGUGAUGCUUUCAAGAAUUUCCAUUUACUUAGAUUGCCUCUCACACAAAUAGCCUGAACUAAGAAGUAAUUAUUUACAUCUCGAUAAACAAAUGAAUAGGUAGAUAUUCUAAGCAAGCAAAUUUCAAAAUAUAUAAAUCUUUCAGCUUCUAAUUUGUCUAAGACUCUUUCAUCAUACCUAUACUAAGAAAUAUAUGGAUAAAAGAAUCCAAAGUAUGACACUCAUAGUCAUUAGUGCCCAGCAACUGUUACCUUCCACAUUCUUAAUAUGUUCAUUCAAUUCUGGUGUAGAAUCAAUCAUUGUUAUCAUCAUCAGUUUUCUGCCCUGUGAGCAGCUUCGUGCUGUACUCAGUUUUUGCGACUGAUUGCUUGCUUCAUCAUGUUGGUAUAUUUACUUCCAUUGAGUAGAUCAUCAGGAUUUCAGUCCUUUCUGUAUCUUCCCUUCCUCAUAUCCUUCUAAAAUGAUUUUAAAAUUCCUUCACAUUUUCUCAGUACAUACCAUAUCCAGUUUCAUUUUCUACAUUCAGCUACAUCCUGUAAUUGUAUGUAUUCUACCACUUUCUUCAGAACUUAUUCAUUUAUCACAGUUUCACCCAUUUUAUUUUUUCUAUUAUCCACUGUAUGCGUAUUUCAAAAGCAUCAAGCCUCUUCCUGCCUUUCUAUCUAUGGUUCACGUUUCAGUAUGGUGCGUAGAAUACCCUAGACAAAAUAUUUCCUUUUCCAAUCUUUUCCUUAAUCUCAUUUCCAUACCACUGCAGAAAA